CAACCGAUACUGACGGACAUGACUGCAACUGAUUUGACCUUUAUCGACGAAGUUGAGAGUCUGCUGCGUCCGAUCGCAGAUCCGGCAUAUAGAUCUUUGACCCUGGAAACUAUCAUGGUUAUCGCCGUUAUCCUACAACGCAAUCAGGAGCUUGCAUUCACCGACACUGUUGAUAUCAAGCUGGUUAUUCAAGACGCCUUAGUCGAUUUCAGACGGGACCUAAAACACGAACGGUAG